UCAGAUGUCUCUAAAGUUCGAUUCUCAUUAGACGAGCCGGUCAUGAUCUAGUCACAGUCAAGUCAUAACUGCUGAGAAAUAUAUGUAUAUGCCACUGCCUGGAAUGAUAAGAUUUUGGGAGAAGAUGAAAUCAUAGAAAUGGCGAUCGUAUCCUUUGAGGACUUAAUGAAGUUAAUUGACAUGUCAAAAGAUAAAUGUCCCGAUAUCGAGAAGAAAUUAGAGACAACCUCCAAUGAAAUAGAAGCUUGCAUACGCGAAGUGAAAUUGGGAUCAAAUACUCUCUGUUCUUUUGUUAGAAAAAGUUGGAAAAAAUGUACAAAAAUAGGUAUUGAUGCAGUUUCUGGCUGCUUACCUGCAGAAGCUAAAAAUAUUCCAAGAUUAUUGGUGAACAUAAUUUGGGCAGUUGUGGACCAAGCUUGCCGUUCUACUUUUGAAGAAACUUUGGGUUUAUACCGAAAGUCAGAAGCUGUGUAGAGAUCCAUGAGGCGCCUUGUAAGAAUCCUAUCACCAAACAAGCUGCUCUUCACUAUCUUGAUGCAGUAGAGAAAACUUCUAAAGACGAUUGCGAAUCUCUGAACGAGGCCUAACUCGGCAAGAGAUAUGAAUAUGUAUAUUACUGAAAAACAAGAGAAUAAUAAUACUUUUCAAUACUG